CUCCAAUCGAUCGGAGCUCCAAAGCUCUAUCAUCUUCUUUUUAAUCUACCGCUAUAUACACUCCUCCACUCCUCCUUCCUGCCAAUCUCUACUCCUGCUCCUGCGGCAAGAUGUCUGACACCCCUGAAGGUAUCGUUGAAUACGCCUACGACAAUAUUACAGAAUGGUACCUGCAGUGGGUGAAGAACCAGAAAUCGCCGCGACAAAGAUACACCAAGAUGCUCCUGGACAAGCUGCAACCUUCACCCUCCAUUCUAGAGCUUGGCUGCGGUCCCGGAGUUCCGAUUCUGAAAAUGCUUCUCGACCAAGGCGCUCAAGUGGUCGCAAAUGACAUCUCAACCAAGCAGAUCGAGAUGGCCAAGGCCCGUUGCCCGGGGGCCAAGCUGGUUGCGGGCAACAUGACCACCCUCACUUUCGAGCCUGCGAGCUUCCAUGGUGUAAUCAGCUUCUAUACGCUGUUCCACCUUCCCCGGUCGCAGCUCAAGGCCAUGCUCACCACGAUCUAUGAUUGGUUGAAGCCCGGAGGUGUCUUCGUUUUUAAUCUUGCGACUCUCGACGAAGAAGAAAUCCACGGGGAAUUCCUGGGAUAUGGAAUGUUUUGGAGCAGCUACGGUGUGGAUGAGAAUCGGGCAAUGUUAACAGAAAUCGGGUUUGAUGUCAUGCAGGUGGAAGUAUUGGACGCAGGCGAUGGGAAUUUGGAGGAGGGGGAUCCGGACUUUGAUGCCGAGUUUAUGUGGGUAAUGGCACGAAAGAAAGAGUCUCCUGACGAUCCACGCAGUGUACAAGGAGCAUGAUGGUACUCUCUGUAUCUGUUCUGUCCUAUUCGCAUAGUUGAAUUUGUUGCCGUUGGUAGUUAUGAUAACUACCAAAGUCAGGAUCCAUUUGUGGUACUGUACAAAAGUACCCUGCACAUAUAGUAGUAGUAGCUAGUGGGGUUCUGUCAGUGAGUACGGAGUAUUCUAGAUCUCUUUCUUAUUAUUCUCUAUCUCUACUAGCCCGCCAUACAUGCUGCAAGUUAAAUAGGCAAAAACCAUUAGAAUUUAUAAACUUUUGGAUGCCGUCCAGCAGCAUAAGGAACUCCCCGUUCCAGCUACAUCAGUCGCCUUUGUACGUGGCUGAGGGUGAGGGGGUCCUCAAUGCGAGACGAUGCAAU